GGAAAAGUUUUGGCCAGUUCAACCAGAUUGUGCGCCUUGACGCAACGGUCAGACAGCCGCAGAGAUGGGAGCCACGCAAACACGCCCGGAGCCCCAAUACCAGGAUCUGGUGGAAGCUACUGGAUUUUCACUGGAGCAGAUCAAAAACCUACACAAGCGAUUUGAGCAGCUGAGUGGAAAUGCAGACACAAUAAGCAGGGAAAACCUAGAGAGGAUACCAGCCCUCGCCAACAACCCCAUCAAAACCCAAAUCAUCGAGGCGUUUUUUGAUAAAAGGAACCAGCAUGGGAAUGAGCUGGGAUCCUAUGAGGCGAUCGGCUUCAAGGAGUUCCUCAUGGUCAUGUCCCACUUCCGUCCCCCAACUUUGAGAACAACUGAGGAGGAGAAGGAGGCGAUGAGGGAAGAGAAAGUUCGCUUCCUGUUCAACAUGCACGACACCGAUGGUGAUGGCAAAAUUACGCUACAGGAGUACAGGAGGGUUGUAGAAGAGCUUCUGUCAAAAAGUGGCACCAUCGGGCAGGAGGCAGCGAGAGCGAUAGCAGAUGCCGCCAUGCUGGAGGUGGCGAGCACUAAUGUGCCCAACAUGGGUCCCGAUGACUUCUAUGAAGGGAUUACAUUUGAACAUUUUCAACAGAUUUUAAAAGGCCUUGAGAUGGAGUCCAGGAUGCACAUUCGCUUUCUGGACGCGAGCACCGCUCAUGGAUGUUGCAGAAAAUGACCCACCUCAAGGAUGUUAGUCUAAAGGAUUCUUUAUGUUGCUGUUUUUUUUAGCAGAACCACCUCUGUCAUUAAAAAUGGAAAAAAAGCAAGAAAUGCUUUUUUUUAUGCACUAACAUGUUUUUAAGCAGAAAAAAAGGAUUCAUAUUUUCACACCUGUUAGCUGUUUGCGAAUUUAAAGUUUUUGUUUUUAUUCAGAAGGCGGUUUAUAUGUUUCAAACAGAUUUGUGGCCUUUUUUCUUAGUCGAAUAAUUUUUAAUAUUUAAUAAAGUCACAUGACUUACCGGUAAGUCUAUUUUAAAUUGAGAAAAGCCAGUGUGCAGAAUGAAGGAUUAUUUACUUGAAGCCAAAUGUUCGUAAAGAAGGAAGUCAUCUGGAGACUGUCACAUACCGUUCCUCCGCAGUACCAGAAUAGACGGAUAUUUUAUGUUUUCUGUGUCUAAUGAACCACUACAGCUGUAAGAUAAUUUACUUUCACUA